CCUGCCGAAGUGUCUCCGUGACGUCAUGUUGGAGCAGAAGAGAUAAGACAGUCAGAAGAAGGGUAUUCUGUUUCCUGGUGUAUAUUGUGGAGCUACAAUUACUCGCGCGUCUCAUCAGUUUCGAAAAUGUCGUACGCGUAUUUGUUCAAGUAUAUCAUUAUCGGAGACACAGGAGUUGGAAAGUCCUGUCUCCUUCUUCAAUUUACGGAUAAGAGAUUUCAGCCAGUCCAUGACUUGACAAUAGGUGUCGAGUUUGGUGCACGUAUGAUUACCAUUGAUAGCAAGCAAAUUAAAUUGCAGAUUUGGGAUACUGCAGGCCAAGAGGCAUUCCGUUCUAUAACAAGGUCAUAUUAUCGUGGAGCAGCUGGAGCUCUAUUGGUAUAUGACAUUACACGUAGGGAAACCUUCAAUCAUCUUACAACAUGGUUGGAAGAUGCAAGGCAACACUCAAAUUCCAAUAUGGUUAUCAUGUUAAUUGGAAACAAAAGUGAUUUGGAUAGUCGAAGAGAAGUAAGGAGAGAAGAAGGCGAAGCUUUUGCACGAGAGCAUGGUCUUGUCUUUAUGGAGACUAGUGCUAAGACUGCAGCCAAUGUAGAAGAAGCAUUCAUCAAUACUGCAAAAGAAAUAUAUGAAAAGAUACAGGAGGGAGUCUUUGACAUCAAUAAUGAGGUAUGACAAUAUUAAUGUCUAAUUAAUUACACUA